AUGCCAUCGGCAUAUACGUCCUAUGACUCUUCACAUGUUUCUCUUGUAUAUUUUUGCAUAGCUGGUUUAAAAUUACUCAACGCACUGACCGAAGUCAUUCCUAACGAGACUGACCGAAGCAACUGGAUAGAAUGGGUUUAUCUGCAUCUAACCCCAUCUGGAAACGGUUUUAGAGGUUCUCUAUCCCAUGAUUUACAGCAGUCGACGACUCUGGAUGGAGACAAUAUUAAUGAUCCAGCUCAUCUGGCGUCUACAUUCUUCUGUCUGUCUAUUUUAGCCAUUCUUCAAGAUCGGUCAAUGACCACGAGACUGGACAGAGUCAAAAUUCUAAGAUAUGUCAAGUCUUGUCAAAGAUCGACGGGCCAAUUUAGUGGUUUGUCACAUCCUUCAAUUGGACCUGUAGGCGACAAUGAUCCCAGAUAUACAUACGUAGCUGCCGCAAUACGAAGGAUCCUGAAAGGAGAUCAAUUGCACGAGACUCUCAAAGCAGAGGUUGAUUUCAACGUUAAAAAAGCUUCGGAUUUUAUCAAAUCUACUAAAUCGUAUGAUGGUGGACUGGGUGAUAAGCAAGGAUCAGAAUCGCACGCAGGCUUGGUGUUUUGUGGUAUCGCUGCUCUUGACCUUAUGAAUACCCUCAAUUGUAAAGACUGGGUUGACACUGCUGUUUGGCUUUCCAAAAGACAGCUUUCUGAAUUUACUAUAGAUCACAGUUACUCGAUUACAGCUGAUGGUGACUAUGAUCAGCAUUCCCGCGAUAAUGAUACUAGACAUGGGGCCUCUUCAUUCUGUUGUUGGAAUAGCUGGGAGGCAGGUGGUUUCAAUGGAAGGCUUAAUAAACCGGCUGAUACAUGUUAUGCCUACUGGACUUGUGCAUCUCUAACGGUCUUAAAUUCGGCUAAUUUUGUUAGUUCGCCAGCUGCUAGGACGUUUUUGCUCGAAAAUUGCAUGGAUCCAGUCUUAGGAGGUAUGGUUAAAGUAAAAGGUAGCUACGCUGACCCGUUGCAUUCAUAUUUGGGUCUUGCAGCGUUGGCUAUGAUUUCUCCGGAGCUCGGCUUCUGUGAAUUCAACCCAUCGUUGACAUUACCGGUUGAGACUGUGAGUUUUAUAGAUACACUAGAUUGGAAUCCGCUAUGA